CACACAUGAAUGAAGAAGAACAAUUUUACAAAAAAUAAAUUCUUACUCUGUUUUCGACCCGUUGCAAUGGAAAGCAGAACAAUUAAAUCAUCGAAAUCCGAGAAGAAUUUCGAAUCAAUGGUUUCAGAGAAAGAGAAUUCGAAAGAUAAAACAUCUAAUCGUAUGCGUAAGGUUAAAUCCGCUCGUAAUCUUUUAUCCAAAGUGGCUAAAGCGGUUUUCCUUGACACUUCUCUGAAGAAUAAAAGUCGAAAUGGUAAAGUAGUGCAAGAUCCAAAUCGUUCACAAAGAGAGAUUUUUUCAGAAAAACUUCAGAAAAUUUCAAUUCUAGCGGAAACGAAAUCAAAAGUAGGAGAAGAGAAAAACAAUCACAAUCAAACAAGAAAUUUGGAUCCUUUAUCAUCAUCGGUAUCGUCGUCAUCAUCAACUUUAACAUACUCUUCAUCAAUUUUAUCAUCUUCGUCUACAUCAUCAUCAUCAUCGUCUUCAUCAUCUACUUCUACAUGGUCAAUACCAUCGCAACAAGACUCAUCAGAAUCAAAGAGUAGUAGUUGGAUAUCUUUUUCUGGAAGGGAUAAAUCAUUCAGAAUUAACUCUUUAGAUCGAAAAGAGAAGAAAAUUGAUGAUACAAAAUCAUCAUCGUCAUCAUCAAAUUUCUAUUACAUUUGUGGAUUAUGUCUACUUCUAUUUAGUUUAUCAGUAUUGAUUUUCUGUGGAAAAGUUUCUGCAAUUCUUUGUACAUCCACUUGGUUUUACUUUGUUUCGACUACUACUCGUCCACACGUCGAAGAACUUUCUGGUAAUAAAUCAUCAUCAUCAACAUUGGAAAUGGAAGAAGAAGAUGUUCAGUCAAAACUUGAGAAGAAGAAAGUAAUAAUGGAGGGAUUUUUAGGAAUGAAUAACAAUCACCAUAAAAUUUUGAGUCUACAACACUGAUUUUCUUUUUCUUUUUUUUUUUUAUUUUCUGUGACUGAAGAAGAUCGUGAUCUCUUUCGGGAUUGAUGGAACAAUAUAUCUUGUUUGUUUUUGUAAUUAAAGAAAGUUGUCAUGUGUAGCC